AUGUCCGAACAACCACAAGAACCAAUACAAAGCACUGAACAACAACAAGAAAAGAAGGAACAAAUAGUCACCCCUUGGGAUGUUGAUGCUGGUGAUGAUGGUGUCGAUUAUGGUAAAUUAAUUAAUCAAUUCGGUUCUCAAGCAAUUUCUGAAGAUUUGUUAGAACGUAUUGAACGUGUUACCAAGAAGCCUGUCCACCACUUUUUGAAGAGAGGAAUUUUCUUCUCACAUCGUGAUAUGCACAAAUUGUUGGAUUACUAUGAACAAGGCAAACCUUUUUAUUUAUAUACUGGUAGAGGACCAUCCAGUGAAUCAAUGCACUUGGGUCACUUGAUUCCUUUCAUGUUUACUAAAUAUUUGCAAGAUGUUUUUGAUGUUCCUUUGGUAGUUCAAAUGACCGAUGAUGAAAAGUUCUUGUGGAAAAAGUUGGAAUUGGAAGAAGCUCAUCGUUUGACUUAUGAAAACGCCAAGGAUAUUAUUGCCUGUGGUUUUGAUAUGAGUAAGACUUUCAUCUUCUCCAAUUUGGAUUAUAUGGGACAUUUAUAUAGAACUGUUCUCGAAAUUGAAAAGUCUGUAACUUGUAGUCAAGUUAAAGGUGUUUUUGGUUUUGAAGAUUCCGAUAAUAUUGGUAAAUUCUCAUUCCCUGCUAUUCAAGCUGCUCCUUCCUUCUAUACUUCAUUCCCACACAUUUUCCCAGAAACAGCUGAAGAUAAAAAGAAGCAAAAGAAGACAAAGAGAAAGAAUGAUAUUAUGUGUUUGAUUCCAUGUGCUAUUGAUCAAGAUCCAUACUUUAGAGUGACAAGAGAUGUUGCUCCAAAAUUGGGUUUCCAAAAGCCAGCUCUCAUUCACUCCAAAUUCUUCCCUGCUUUGCAAGGUGCUAACAAGAAAAUGUCAUCCUCAUCUGACACUUCUUCAAUCUUCUUGACAGAUACUCCAAAGCAAAUUAAGGAUAAGAUUAACAAACAUGCCUUCUCUGGAGGUGGUGCCACCAAGGAAGACCAAGAAAAGUAUGGAGCUAACUUGGCUGUUGACGUUCCUUAUCAAUAUUUGCAAUUCUUCUUGGAAGAUGAUGUCCAAUUAGAAGAUAUUCGUGAAAAGUACUCAACUGGUAAGAUGUUGACUGGUCAAGUCAAGGGAGCAUUGAUUGACCUCUUGCAAAAGAUGGUUGCCGAACAUCAAGAGAGAAGAAAGAAGAUUACCGAUGAACAAGUCAAGGAAUUCCUCUCUGUUCGUAAACUCUCCUUUACCAUGCCAACAAAGAAGGAAGUUGUUCCUUCAGCUACCACAGAAGCCAAGAAGGAAUAAAUUGAUUGUUACUUUUUCGAUG